AUGGUCGCUGAUAGCCAGGCGCUGUCCAUCCCCGACGUGUUGGAGUCGUACCCCUUUCCCGCCUUUGUGCUGCUCUGUCCGCACUCGCAGGUCAGCUCGCCGGCACUGUCGCAAGCAGGCACUCUGCCAUCCCCACCUCAGACUCCAUCCACGAGCUCAUUUCCAACGUCACUGUACGCCAACCAACGAUGGCGCCGCGUGACCAACGGCGCUCUCCUGCACGAGUGCCUUUCGCCAGACUCUCAAAACGAGCUGUUAAGAUGGCUCCGAGAUCGCAUCUCUGCGCCUGUCGCCAGCCCCGAGCUUGAUACGCUGAGCGACGACGAUUCAGAGGACGAAGAUGUCGACGAGCGGCACGACGGAUCGGCCCGGAAAGCGAUGUCGCUCGAGUUCCACUUUCCCCGCCGAACGCGGGCCCGGCGGCUCGAGCUCGUCGCCUCUGUGCUUCCGAGCGCGUCCAGCAGCAGCACCGGUACCACCGUGAUGAUCACGACGCGGCCGCGGUCGUGGCGCCGAUCACGCCCGUCACACCGGACCGACGCAUCUCGCCCGGGAACACGAAGGAGUUCACCAGUCUCCGGAAUGCGUAACAUGUCCCAUCAGUCACUUCCUGUCUUCAAGGACAGCUUCAGCAAGAACGUUUCUCCCCUGCUCCCCAGUGAGGUCGACGGCGCCAGUGUCACAGCCUCUGGCAGGCGCCGCUUGCCCUCAAAGAACUUGGAGAGUAUCAACUACGGCGGAGGGCGGUACGACGUCAGCAUCAACUAUAAGCGAGGCGACAACAUCUUUAUUGGCGCCGACGGUGUGGUCAAAACCUCGCCCAAGGACAGCUACAGUGGCCGGCCACCUAACACCGCGGCGCUCUUCGAGACGGUCCGCUGGGGUGAAACGCCGUUGGGUCCGCGCGAAUCGUGGACGGCCCAACAGCGCGCGUUCGUACAGUUCCUCGUUCACAGCACCCCGCUCCCUGCAGCAUGUUAUUGGGGCACGGGAGACGACUGCACCAUGCUCUACAACAAGGCUUUCGCGCAGGAAUGUCCCGACCACCCACGCCGGUUUGCGGCCCACGGCCCAGACAUGGUCCAGGAAGAACUGCGAGAACCUCUAGGCAACCUCUUUGACGCGGUUCUGGCGGGAAGCAUUGUUGUCAAGGAUGACGAGCUGUCGGUCCGCCGGGACAUGGACGGCCACUUGCGCGAGGUGUACCGUCGGCUGUUCUGGGCUCCGGUCGAGGACGAUGACGGUACGGUGAUGGGCACCUGGCAUGUGACGCGCGACACCACACCCACUGUGGUGGGUAACAGGCGUGUGGGCAUGCUUCGUGACCUGGGUGAUUGCCUCUCGACUGUGCGGACAGAACACGCAUUCCAGAGUGGUGUACUGGAGACACUCCAUGUGCACCCCAAGGACGUUCCAUUUGCGCUGCUUUACUACGUGGAGGAGUCUGUUCCGACCUUGAGAGAUCCAACGCGUUACCCCAAGUCUGCGCGUCUGCGCCUGGCAGGUGGGAUCGGCGUCCCGGACGAACACGACUCGGCUCCCGAAGUCGUCAGUGUCUCGCUCGUCGAUGACGAGACCCCUGUCCCUGGCGCACUCGUCGCGGAAGAUCCCACCGGCUCCCCAGCGAACAGUUACGCCAGCACGUUUGACUCUGUGGCGUCUGCGGACCCAGGUUGGGGCUUUGCAAACGCCCUGCUGAGCCGUAACACGGCUACUGUCGACUGCGCAGAGCUCAUAGACGGCUAUCCAUUCAGAGUGUGGGACUGUCUGCCUUCCCAGGCGUUCGUCAUUCCCAUCUCGUUGGCCAGUGACGAAGGGCUCCCCCCGGCUGUGCUGGUGAUGGGAGUUAGUCCUCGGAUCAAGCUGGACCCCACGUACAACCUGUUUGCCGAAGAUCUUCGCUUCGUAAUGGCUUCCCACCUCUCAGCCAUCCGGAGCUAUGCGGCAGCCGAACGCCGGCUUGUUGAUCUGGCAAAACUGGACCGCACAAAGAGUUCCAUGUUCUCCAGCGUCAGCCACGAGCUUUUAGCGCCGCUCGCGCUCAUCUCCGGUCCUGUCGAUGACGUCCUCGCCGACACGCCGCCAGAAGACAAGCAGAAACACGAGCUGCUCACGAUGGCCCAGCGCCAUAUCGGCCGACUGUCGCGCCUCGUCUCCAUGCUCAUGAACAUCAGCGCCCUGGACGCGGGUAGGCUCCAGAGCAGUUUUGUCCGCGUCAACCUUGGCAUGCUCACGCGUAACGUGGCGGGCCUCUUCCGCAAGAUUGCCGCCAACAGUAAACUGCAAUACACGGUCCUUUGCGACGAAAAGCCUAGGAGCGUCUAUGUCGACCGCGAGGGCUGGGAGAAGAUCCUGUGCUGCCUGAUUGAGAACGCGCUCAAGUUCACCACGGAAGGUUUCAUCCGCGUCUGCCUCGAGUACACCCACAAGGCAGCAAUCCUCACGGUGACCUGCAGUGCUGUCGGUAUCCCUGGUACCCACGUCGAAGACACGACAGUCGGCCUCUUCCCGCCCGAAGGGUACCAAGGGCGGCGUAGAGGAUCUGCCAACGGCGCCGGCGAGAGUGCCAUCAGCCUCAUUUUGGCCGAGAAGCUCGUCCACCUCCACCACGGCGAGCUGGAGAUGGAAGGCCGUACGCUACACGAAACGCUCGACAGCGGCACAAUCUUCCGUGUACGCCUCCCGCUCGGGAGCUCGCACCUCUCGCCCGACGUCAUUGGAUCCUCGGACGAACCUUUGGUGGCCCCCUCUGCUGGCGGAGGGCAGUUUGGCCGCCAGGUCAUGGAAGAGGUCGCGACAUGGUAUUCCGACUAUGGCGCUGCCCACGAAGACGGUGACACCAACAGCUCGUACACGAGUCCGCCAAGUGCCAGCGGCAGCGGAGAGUCCAAACAAAGUGGCAGCAGCGGCGUCCGCAGCAUCGACUCGCAGGGCCUUCACUUUGUCAAGGACGACGUCAUCAUGGUCGUCGAGGACCUUGCGGACGCUCAGCGAUACAUGAAGACGAUCUUUGAGCCAUACUGCACCGUUGUGGUAGCCAAGAGCGCCAAGGAGGCGCUCGCGAUAUCGGAGAAGCAGGCGCUGUCGCUCAUCAUCUCGGACGUCAUGCUCCCCGGAAUGAACGGCGUGGCCCUCCUUGAUGCACUCCGAACGGGCACCAAAGCCCAGCAGUUGGUCCCCGUCAUCCUCCUUACUGCGAUCGACGACAGGCGGACGACAGACAUGUUGCGCGCAGACGACUACCUGGCCAAACCGUUCAACGCGCGUGAACUGGUGGUUCGAGCCAACAUGCAGCUGCAAAUGGGCAAGAAACGCCUGGCGCUUGAAAACGCGUUUGAGAAACGCACACAAGAGCUCCGCAUGCUGUCAGAGCACUCGCCCGCGGGUAUGUUCCGUGCCGAUGAAGGUGGCCGGCAGUUGUACGCCAACCAAGCUUGGUACGAUUUGUGCGGCGUACCAAGAGGUGACCACUGGGGGGACUACAUCCACCCAGACACGCAGGAAAAAUGCGGCAAUGAGUGGAUGGACUUUCUCGCAUCGGACGACCGCGUGAGGAACAUUGAGACCAAGUGGCUGAACGGCCAAUGGACGUGUACGUGCUUGGCCAAGCUGGACCCUGCUGGUGGACAGGCAGGCGGUAUGAUCGGCAGCUGCAUCGACAUUACCGAAAGCAAGCUCAACGACGAGCUGCAGGCCCAGCGUAUCCAGGAAGCGGAGAAACGCCGUGCCGAGGCGGAGGAGGCUCGCCAGCAGCAAGAGCUCCUCAUCGACAUUACCAGCCACGAGAUUCGCAACCCGAUCUCCAGUCUCAUGCAGUGCAGCAGCAUGGUGCGCAACAACCUGCUGCUCCUGCACGAGCAAAUCAAGCAGUGUCUCGAAACCCCAGAAGGCACCAUCAAGCCCACCCACCAGCUGCUUUACUCAAUGGAAGAGGACCUCGAUGCGCUCGACAGCAUCUACCAAUGCGGCCUGGCGCAGGAACGCAUCAGUAACGACGUUCUGUGUCUGGGCAAAAUGCAGCUGGACCGGUUGGAGAUGUUCGAUGUCGACACCGAUAUCCGUAAACUCGGGCAAAAGGUGCUCUCAAUCUUCCAGAGCGAGGCGAGGAUGAACCACAUCAGCCUGGCGCUCACCCUCUCGCCCGCGAUAGAGGACCUGGGAAUGGAGACGGUCAUGACUGACCCUGUACGCUUGACACAAAUCGUAACCAACCUCCUCUCCAACGCGAUCCGCUUCACUGCCAACAGCAAGGAACGCCGUGUUGAGCUGCGCAUCGAUGCGGGCGUCGAUGCUCCAGAUGAGGACUGCUGCGUAAAGCCGCCGUCCUCGGGACCUCACGUCGGCCCCGACCCGUUUGUGUACCUCUUCGUUUCUGUCCGUGACACUGGGCCCGGCCUCACCCCUGCCGAGCUGGAAACGCUCUUUGAGCGCUUCACCCAGGCGUCUCCCAUGACGCAUACGGUGUUUGGCGGGUCUGGUCUCGGCCUCUUUGUCUGUCGCAAGCUCGCAGAACGCAUGGGCGGCCGGAUCGAUGUGUCGAGCGCGUAUGGCAAAGGAUCAGAAUUCCGGUUCUUCGUGCGCACCAGGGCCAAGGUGUCGCCAUCUCAGCAGCCCGUUGAACACGCGACUGCAAAAGAGUCCAAGUCUGGGACGACGCUCAGCAACAACGAUCCAUGGCCUGUCUCGGUACCCCAGACCACCGUCGGUGGUACGGUCCGAAAGGCCUUGCCCCGGCUGUCCUUCAGCGGGGAACGCACGCUACCCAAACUACCCAACGUGCUCGUGGUCGAGGACAACCUCAUCAACCGCAAGGUCCUGCUGCGCCAGCUGACGCACGUGGGCAUCAAAUCCGACUCGGCGAGCGACGGCCUGGAGGCGUGUACCAAGAUCCAACAGGUCAUGGACACGGCCUCUGCGACUGAGGGCUACGACUGCGUGCUCAUGGACCUCGAGAUGCCUGUCAUGGACGGAUACACUGCGGCGCGCAAAAUCCGCGCAGAGGAGGCGGCCGGCCGGCUCCGGCGGAGCAUCAUCAUUGCGCUUACUGGUAACGCGCGUAAAGCCCGGAUCAGCGAGGGCAUGCUGGACUUUGACGCAGCGGUCAUCAAGCCGUACCGCCUCGACGACCUGUUGCGGCUGAUGGAGAAGCUCAUUCAGCGCACGAAGGCGAAUGGCUCAGUGGUGGCGGGCACUGCCACGGACACGGACGCCGCCGAUGACGUUGGCGGAGACGCCGUCUCCACUGUUGUUUAA